AAAACUUCCCACUCACUCACAACACUCACACACACCACACUCUGUUUUCUUCCUUCAAAUAAAUUUCAGUUACUUAAAUUCCGCAUUUUUCUCCCUAACGUUACGUUGAAAGCAGUUACUAUUUUUCAUAAUCAUUUCUUUCUUUUUUGAAUUUUCUCACAUUCAUUACUAAUUUGCGCUUCAAAAAACAAUUUUUUUCUUCAAACCCACUACGAGGUUACUCUAAAAAUUUCAUCUUUUAAAGGUUUCUGAGAAUUUCAACAAUUUUUUGUUUUGUUUUGUAUCAGUAUGAAAACCAUGCCAACAACCUCAGAAGAAGAAACCAGCAUUGAUUCUGAUUGGGUGAAGCAGUUUUUGGAAAUGUCUGAUGAAGAAUUAAGCGAGGUUGUUGUGGUAGCUGUUGAUGAUGAUGAUGAUUGUGUGGUUUUAGAUGGUGACCCAGAAAACCAAGUGAAUUGUGACAAUGAUACUCCAACUGGGUCUGAUGAGGAGAUUCUUGUAGUUGGUGAAAAGGGUCAGAUUGCAUGCAGAGACUAUCCUCAUUCUCGGCAUCUUUGUGGCAAUUUUCCUUAUUCUUCAACCCCUCAUGAGAGACACUGUGGCCAGUGCCACUGUUAUGUGUGUGACUCUCCAGCACCAUGUCUGAAGUGGGGGGAUGGCCUUUUAAAUACAGAUCAUUGUCAUGCAACUGAUAAGUCUGACAUAUGGAAAACUCUGAGACAAGAUUCCUUGUCAGCUUCAACCAAAAGUGGUAAUGUUGUGAAUUCUCAGCCUAACCAUAUGUUGCCGCUUGAAACCGCACGGUUGUCUCCAAAUUCUGUGUUAGUGAAUCACACAUCAAGGUCAACUGCAUUGCUUCCGCUCUCAGCAAAUCUCAUACCUCAAAAUCAGGCUUAUUGGAAUGCAUGCUCCUCACUAAGUUCUAGAUUACAGAAUCAGGUCUCAAGGUCAACUGAAACACAUCCACACUCAGUAAAUCUCAUACCUCAAAAUCAGGCUUAUCUGCCGAUUGCAAUGAAUGCACGCUCCUCACUAGGUUCUGGACUUCAGCUUCAGGUCUCAAGGUCAGCCGAAACGCAUCCACUCUCAGUAAAUCUCAUGCCUCAAAAUCAGGCUUCUCGGCAGAUUACAAUGAAUGCAUACUCUUCACUAGGUUCUGGACUACAGAACCAAGCCUCAAGGUCAACUGAAACACAUCCACACUCAGUAAAUCUCAUGCCUCAAAAUCAGGUUUCUCGGCAGAUUACAAUGAAUGCAUGCUCUUCACUGGGUUCUGGACUACAGAACCAAGCCUCAAGGUCAACUGCAACACAUCCACACUCAGUAAAUCUCAUGCCUCAAAAUCAGGUUUCUCGGCAGAUUACAAUGAAUGCAUGCUCUUCACUAGGUUCUGGACUACAGAACCAAGCCUCAAGGUCAACUGCAACACAUCCACAAUCAGUAAAUCUCAUACCCCAAAAUCAGGCGUCUCAGCCGAUUACAAUCAAUGCAAUGCCCUUACAAAAUUACAGAUUACAGAAUCAGAUAUCCAGGCCAAAUAAUGCCCCUGGGUGCUCCACAGCUUCCAACUUUACAAUCCCGAAUGGCGCAAACAAUGGUAUAUGUCAAGAAUCCGGACCUACGUUGGCGAGAAACAGAUAUCCUUCUAAUACCGCUGCAAGAAUGCCUCUAGGUGUACGAAACCAUGCCAUCCAAAAGAAGCGAGGACAUGGAGUUGGUACCGGGAACCCUGUGACAAUGAACCACGUUACUGCUCCUGGUGCACCUGGUUUUAGCAAUCACAUCAAUACGCAAUACAGUGAUAGAUCUAAUGCUGCUGCUGCGACAGGGUUUUCAAAUAGUAGAAAUGGUUAUGGACAAGAUGGCAUUCGGAUCACCAAUGCAAUUAAUCCACUGCUCACACAACCAAGCCACAGUCUAGCAUAUGAAACUCAACCAAGUUACCAAUCAAAUAGUAUCCAGAAUCUUUAUGGAUAUAAUAAUUUUCAGGGUGAUGAAUCUCUUUCGAGUUAUGUGGCUCGCCUGAACACAAAUCGGUACUUAAACGAGCAUCAAAUUGGAAGUCAAAAUGAAAAUAUCAUCAACAGUGGAGCUACAGUGCAAGAUGUUUUCCAGCAGAAUCCUCAUGGUGGGAUUCAAAAUGAAGGUUUUCUAGCUAGAGACUCAAGUGGGGCUGAGAAUACUAAUCAAAACAUUUCUUAUGUUCAAAACUUAGUAUCUCAGAACAUAUCUCAAAAUGCAAAUGAGUCCAGUACUCCAUUUAAUGGAAAUACUCAACUCUCAUUGGAUGAUAUCAAGCACAUUCUUUUUGAUUCCAAUUAAUGUAAAUGUUGCUUUAGCAUCUGAAAAGAAAAUACCAUCACCUGAUUUCAGCACAAGUGGCUAACUAUCAGAGAUUUUUUUUUUGAUUUCACUCCUCUAAUUUGAGGAAAAGACUAAGGUUAUAAUUGAACAGAAAACCUUUAGU